UCACUAUUGCUCGCUGCUGUAUCAAAGUUAGCACAAUGUAUGGGACUCAGUCAGUCUUCACCUACUUGCUAAAUGAACGAUUGUUUUUAUUUCAUCCUUUUUUCUCAUGAAUCGUAUGCACUCAGCACAGUAGAAUGAAAUAUGUUUGGUUUUUCUGUCUAGGUCAAGUGCUUGGGAACUCCUCCUGACUGAGUGAGUGCACGCCUCCCAUUGCUGACAGACGUGAUGUUUUACCGGUUGCUAUCGGUGGUCCAAAGACAAAGAACCAGCCGAGGAUGGCGAACUGGCCCUCAGCCAGAAGCGGCGCAUCAGCGGCCGAGGCGCAUUCUGUCGCCCUGCCUGCCCAGGCGCAGGUGGUCAUCUGUGGCGGGGGAAUCAUGGGCACAUCCGUGGCCUAUCACCUGUCCAAGAUGGGGUGGAAGGACAUUGUCCUUUUGGAGCAGGGCAGGCUGGCUGCUGGCUCUACGAGGUUCUGUGCAGGCAUCAUAAGCACUGCCAGGCACUUGGGCAUUGAGCAGAAGAUGGCAGACUAUUCAAACAAACUGUACCAGCAGCUGGAGCAAGAAACAGGGAUCCAAACAGACUCAGCAGAUGACCCCGAGUCCUCAUCCCCGACUGUGAUGUUAGUGUGGGCAGUGCUUCAAUCUCAGUGUGACUUUUGUCAAGUGAAUGAGAGUAUUUCUUAUGAGUUGAGAAUCUGCUGCAGCUGCCUUAAUUGUGGACCAUCUGAGGAUCGAUGCCCAACUCUUUACCUUGAACAGGUGUACAGAUCUAUGACCGGACAAGUGUUGUUCACGUGAUGAUCAAAAAAGGUGAAGUCACUGGCGUGGAGACUGAUAAAGGACAGAUCGAAUGCCAGUAUUUUGUCA